AUGCGUUUCCACGCCGCCGCUCUCUUGACUGGCGCUACUGCCGUCGCCGCUAACACCGCGACUCUCCUGCUGCCUGGUUUCCAAGGUCACGACCUCCAGGCGGGUAUCUUGAACACUAACGGCGAGACCACCACCUACCUGGUGACCUGCCCCACGACCGUGGCUGCCGCUGACUGCGGUAUCCUCGGCACCGGCAUGACCGCCAUGGCCGCGCCUACCACCAUGUCGCUAGUCAACGCAGACAGCAAGGGAAACACCGCAUCCAUCGGCUGCAAUGUCGCCGGCACCACCUACGCCUCCUGCGUCGCCAAGGAGGGCACCGUGACCGUCUCGUCGACCUUGAACGGCAAGAACCUGAACUUCAUGCCCGUGACCGUGACCGGACUCUGCUCGACCAGCACCCCGACUCCCACUUCCACUCCCACUUCCACUCCCACCCCGACUUCGACCCCGACCUCGACGGUCACUCCCAUCUCGACCAGCACCCCGAUGUCGAGCCCCAAGAAGUCCAUGACCCGCCCUGCCUCGUCCACCCGCCUGGUGACCAGCUCCGCCUCCGUCCCCACCAGCUCCGCCAUCACCGGCACCCCUCUGCCCGCCGAGUCCACCGCGCCCGCCAAGGCCACUCCCUCCGCCGCCGGCGCCGUCGCUCUGGCAGGAAACGGCUGGGCAUUCGGUGGCGCCGCGCUGGCGAUGUUCUACGCCCUCGCAUAA